AGGCAUAGGGCCUGACCAGGAAAUGAUAGAUGACUUCUAUCCAGAAUGGUUGACAAUGAAGUUGGAUCCUGAGGUGAACUGUGUUAUGGUUGGGUUUGACAAGUACUUGAGCUAUCCCAAAAUACUGAAAGCCAGCAGUUAUCUGAAGAAACAAGAUACUGUCUUCUUAGCAACAAAUGAAGAUAGCAAUCUACCGCGAAGGGGGGACAUUGUUAUUCCUGGAACUGGAACAAUGGUCCAUGCGGUGAAAUGUGCCAGCCGAAGGGAUCCAAUUGUUUUAGGAAAGCCAGAAAGGCCGAUGUUUGAUGUCCUACAAAAGGCACACAACCUUGACCCAGCUCGAUGCUGUAUGGUUGGUGACCGAAUCAACACUGACAUAGGACUGGCCAAGGGGUGUGGGUUGAAGUCGCUUCUUGUACUGAGUGGUGUGUCGAUGGAAGCAGAUGUUAACCCUGAAUCAAGCAUCUUCUCCAAGGAGCAGUUUCCGGAUUAUUACACGUCAACUCUUGGGGACCUGGAGAAGCAUCUCCAAAACUCACAACAAAAGAGUUGAUGAUGAAUGAAGUUUAAGAUAUUAAAUCAUAUUGUUUUUAUUGUUUUUGACUUUUCGACAGGCCAGUGUUUUCUUCAUCAGGGCUCGAUUUAAGAGAUGUUCACCUACUUGCACAGGGUGCAACCUAAGAUAAAAACCUUGUUGCACCAGCCAAAUUCCAGUUGCACUGCUUUUAUUGCAAAAUAUAAUGAAAGAAAUAUGUUAUUGAAUUAUUGUUUUAUUCAGAAAUUUUACACACUCAAAAAUUGACUUGCACUUGGUUCAGUUUAGACCAAUAACCUGGUUGCACAUUUCGUAAUAUAGGGUUGCACUAGUGCAAGUAACAAAGCACUUAAUUGAGCCCUGUUUAUUAUUAUUUAUUUACUACUUUGUUCUGUUGCAUGUGUUUUUUUCAUUCUUUUCUCCACAACAUGUAUUGUCCAUGCUUGACAAUGGUACAUGGAACUAUACCUAUUAUGUUAUAUCUAUAAUAACAAACUUGUGAUCCAUUAACAUUUUGUCUGAUUUAUAAUGUUUUGUUAACUUUUUAAACCUGCCAUACAUUUGAAUGGGUAAUGUAAAGGUGCAGAGCAUCAUUUUUGAAAGACUUAGAAGUAUUAAACAAUCCUGUCGAUUCUUGUGCAAUAACUUUUUAAAUUUGUUUUGAAUGUUUGCCAGUGUUAUUGUUUUUGUGAAAUAUCAUGCUACUCAGGUGCUUCUGUCAUAGGUGAGAAAUAAGAAUGUGAGCUUUUGGCAACCACUUAACAUUGGUUUAGCUUCACAUCUGACCAUGGAUCAUUAUACAUAUAAAGUUGUUUGUCUCGUUUUUCUGUCCAUCAGUAUAUCCAGUUGUAUGUUUGCUCAAGCAAAAAUAAAACAGAGAAGUUUUCAA